CCCGAUUUGGGAUUUGACAGACGCUGUGCUGUCUUUCUUACUCGAUCUGCUUGUCAGGUUUUGAGAUCUUUACUCUCUCAUCCUCUUGCAUCUGUCUAUUUGCAUGCAUAUUUGCGUUGCCUUGCCUUUCAUUGCCAGCAGCUUCUAUAUCUGAUUCCCAUCUCCGUAUAUCAGGCUCGGAUUUGCACUGCCGUAGCACUGCUUGCUGGUUUAUAUCAAAUCAAGACUACGACUACGGCUCUUCUCCCUUGUCUUACUUUUAUCAUUCUUUUGCAUAUAGCGCAGUUUCGCUUUGCAUUCGACCUAACUGCUCCAAGCACCUUUUUUCUGUGUCUGAGUCUGAGUCUGCGUCUCGGUCUCGGUCUCUUAUGAGAUUGCCAGUAUCACACCCCCUCGUCAUCGCAAAUCGCAAGCUGAGAAGAGCCCUCAGCCCAUGAUAGUAACCAGGUAAUCCUGAUCUUUCACCUCUCACGUCGUACUCGGCCAGCAGAAACACCAAGGGCCUUGCUAGUAUUCAACAGCAAUUACGACUACGUUACGACUGCGUUGGCAUCUGUUACUCCAAUCCAUUUUCAAGGCCUAAUAAGGACUCAACCCGGGUCAUCCUCCCUGCCUACCAACUUAGGCAUUGAUACUACAGCAAGCGAACGACAGCUCACUGCCCUUUUGAGCAAACCCCAGAGUAGACGGGACCCGUUCAGUUCAUCGACAUCCCGCCUUUUUACACCGUCUAUCUCUCACAACUGCACAGCGCAUCACAACACAGCAUAGCAUAGCAUAGCUAGCAUUUUAGCUUCGCAACAAUGGGAACAAGAACAGCUUCUUCUGCUGUUGCUGAUGCAUCACCGAGAGGACCUGGUCGCACUCAAUCUACACGGUCUUCUCGUUCCAGUCGGGCUCCAGCUCCCUCUUUUCCUCCCUCGUCUUCCGCUUCAGCGGCCCCAGCAGCGCCUGCACCAGCCACGCCCACUGGAACAGGUGCCAACUACACCCAAUCUCACACCCGCCAGUUAUCACACUCACACUCCCAUUCUCAAUCUCGCUCCCAAUCCCAGUCCCAAGCCUACGCCUCCCGCUCUCAAUCCCAUUCCCACUCUCACUCCCGCUCUGGUUCAAACGCCGCCAACUCACAUCUCCCCCCUCAUCAUAACCAUCAUCAGCGUACUACCUCAUCUUCACGUUCUCACCAGUCGCAACCUGUACCGCAAAAUGACUACGAAUCCUCACGCUUAGCCGCAUCCGCAAACCAUCAAAGAAGCUCGAGCAAGGAACGACCACCCCCGGCCAGGGGCCCCGAUCCCUCGCGGGCCCAUCGACGGAGCUCUUCUCGAUCAAAGAACAACCACCACAGCCCUCAUCCCGAAAUGCCUCCUUCCGCCAACCCUCCCAGUAAUGGCGCUGGCAAUGGAACUGCUUCUCAGCAGCAUGGCCAUGCCGACGCGCCACCCCGAACUUCAACAUCUAAGCACGCGAGAUCACGUACCGUUAUCCCAACUCAAUCUGGAAAAUGGAUGCUAGGCAAGACCAUUGGCGCCGGCAGCAUGGGCAAGGUUAAGCUCGCCCGAAAGGAGGAUGGCAGCGAACAGGUCGCCUGCAAAAUUAUUCCUCGUGGCUCAACCGACGAUGGCCACCAAUCUCGUGCCGACAAGGAACGCGCCGAUCAAUCCAAGGAAAUCCGAACUGCCCGUGAAGCGGCUAUCAGCACCCUCCUGAAUCACCCCCACAUCUGCGCCCUUCACGAUGUGGUUCGUACCAACCACCAUUGGUAUAUGCUUUUCGAAUACGUCAACGGCGGCCAGAUGCUCGACUACAUCAUCUCGCAUGGCAAGCUCAAAGAGAAGCAAGCCCGAAAGUUUAGUCGGCAGAUCGCAAGUGCUUUGGAUUAUUUGCAUAGAAAUAGCAUCGUCCACCGAGACCUCAAGAUUGAGAAUAUCCUUAUCAGCAAGACGGGCGACAUCAAGAUUAUCGAUUUUGGUCUAAGUAACCUCUUUGCUCCGCGUGGCCAUCUCAAGACCUUUUGCGGGAGCCUAUACUUUGCUGCUCCCGAAUUGCUGCAGGCCAGAGCUUAUACUGGCCCAGAAGUUGACGUAUGGAGUUUUGGCAUUGUUCUAUAUGUUUUGGUCUGUGGCAAGGUUCCAUUCGAUGACCAGAGCAUGCCCGCGCUCCAUGCCAAGAUCAAGAGAGGUCUUGUCGAUUAUCCCGCAUGGCUGUCAAGCGAGUGUAAACACCUUCUAUCCCGCAUGCUGGUGACGGACCCCAAGCAGCGAGCGACAAUGCAGGAGGUGAUGACGCAUCCAUGGAUGGCUAAAGGCUUCAACGGUCCUCCCGAUAACUACCUGCCCGUUCGCGAACCGUUAACGACGCCCCUGGAGCCAGAAGUCAUUCUCGCUAUGCAGGGUUUUAACUUUGGUACACCCGAAAGUAUAAAUGCACAACUCACCAAAAUAAUUGAAUCAGAGGAGUAUCAGCGCGCCGUUAAGCUCUAUCAACGAGAAAAGGAGCUCCCUCCACCCGCUAAGGAUGCCGAAAAGAGGAGACCAUUCGGUUUCGACUUUUAUAAGCGCAGGAAUUCUGGCAACAGCCGCGAUACUUUAUCGGCUCCUAGCUCCGAGGCACUGCAGAUCGGUAACGAUCCAAUGAACGCAUUUAGUCCUCUUGUAUCCAUAUACUACCUCGUCAAGGAGAAGCAGGAUCGCGAUCAUGCUGAUAUGGUUCCGCCAGCAGCAGCUCAAACACGCGACAAGGAGAAAGAGAAGGAAAAGGAGAGAGAGAAGGAGAGAGAGAAAGAGCGUGAGCGUGAGCGUGAGAAAGACCGAGAGAGAGAAAAGGAGCGUGAGAUUCGUGAAAAGGAGAAGGCAAGGGAGGCAGAGCCGAUGCCCGAGAUUGCGGCGCCUCAAGCAGCCCACACCAACUCUGCCGCUUAUGAGAUGCCCGGAGAGAAACCCACUGGUGGACGAAGCAGGCCUCGCGCGAGGACACAUGGUGAAGACGACAUGCCUGAGGUACCGAAACCUCCCCCUGCACCACCCGCCGAGCCAAGGGUUGAGCAACUUCAAAAGAAGGAAGGCACCGCAGCAGGUAUUCUGCGUAGGUUCAGCACACGCAAGCGUAGGGACCCUGAGCGUCUAGACAAAGACCGAUCGCAUCCUCCUGUGGUGCAAGUCCAUUCACCAGCUGAGCCUUCUCCCUUGGCACCCCGCAAGAGCUUCAGUAUCCGUCGUGGACGCCGCGAUAGAGAGGAUGCGUCAGAUUCACAAAUCCGUUCCGCGAGUGGCCAGCAGCAUGGUGAACUUCUUAGCCCACCAAUGUCUGCAGGUGGUUCAAGGGAGAACCGACGAGGAGGUGGCCUGGGUCGGUCGACUAGUGUCAACUCAGCUGACCUGAGACGGCGAAAAGACCCCCCAGCAACCAGUGGUUCUGAUCAAUCCGUCGCGAAUGAAGAUGCUUCCAGCACACACCGUGCCCACGGACACUCCCGGUCCGUGAGCCUGAGGGCCAAGUCUAUUGGCCAUGCUAGGAGGGAAAGUAUUCAGCAGCGCCGCAUAAGAAGAGAGGCUGCUCAAGAGGCCAAUGUGCCUGAAGAAACAGAUCAGGAACUCGAGCAGAGUGGUGUAUCCACAGACCGAUUAGACGACACAGAACUUGCCAAGCCAGUGUUCCUGAAGGGACUUUUCAGCGUCUCGACGACAUCGGGCAAGUCAGUACCUGCGAUUCGGACCGACAUCAAGCGAGUACUGCAGCAAUUAAACGUGGAGUAUACAGAGAUCAAGGGCGGCUUCAACUGUCGCCAUUCGCCCAGUAUUGACCUGAACAAGGUGCAAGACCCUCCCACGAGUCCCGGCAUGACACCAGGACAUAAGCGACGAUUCAGUUUUGGCGGCCUUAUGCGGGGAGACGAUCGUGAGCGUGAGCGGGAUGAGUUUCGCGACUCAGAGCGACCUCCUACUACACCACGAACGCCAGGACGCUCUGAUCGAGAUCGCAGCUUUUCCAACUCCGAGACCUCGUUCGACAGUAUUCCUGGAAAGAAUGGGGGUCCAUCAAGACGAAUCCCUGGAGAGACGAGCACGCAAGUGCAAAGUGACCUCGGAGGAAGCAUGGUGCUGGAGUUCGAGAUUUUUAUCGUGAAGGUCCCGUUACUCUCAUUGCACGGCAUUCAGUUCAAGCGAUUGACAGGCAACACGUGGCAAUACAAGAGCAUGGCGGACCAUAUUCUUCGAGAACUGAGACUAUAAGCUAUGAUUGAACACUUCUCUAAGAAGAAAUUUGCAAGAUGGGAGUUUGGUUGAAGCAAGCACUGGGAAGGAGUUGCGUUGUUCGUAGACGUGAAGCAUGGCUGGCUACCGCCGGGAAUUUCAAGCGACAGAGGGCACUAAACACGUGGUUGGUUGUAUAGUUCGAUGGCGCUUUUCGUUGUUUUAACUUCUAAGCAUGGGUCGUCAUAAAGAAAGCACAUGGUGGUAAUGAUUUUAUUAUAGCACUUACAGAGAGAGAAAGUACUGGAGAAGAGCUAGGAGAAAAUGAAUGUAAUUGGAGAUUUUAUGCUAAACAUGACUGAGACUACCUGGCCAAGCUAUACUUUGUUGACCAUGGCGCUGA